UGUGGUUUAUUAGUUUUGAUGUCUUGGGUCAUCAUUUUCUGGUUCUCUCUGCUUCAUACUUUACUGAUGAUGCGGCUGACUUUCUGUAAAGAGACAGAAAUUUCUAAUUUCUUCUGUGAUCUGGCUCAGAUUCUGAAGGUAGCCUGCUCAGAUACCCUCCUCAAUAACAUCUUCGUGUUUGUGGCCACUGGUCUGCUGGGUGUGUUUCCCAUCACUGGAAUCCUCUACUCUUAUUCUCAGAUUGUCUCCUCCUUAAUGAGAAUGUCUUCUGCUCGGAGCAAGUAUAAAGCAUUUUCUACUUGUGGGUCUCACCUCUCUGUUGUAUCCCUGUUCUACGGGUCAUGUCUUGGGGUAUACUUCAGUUCUUCCCAAAGAAACUUAAUAGCCACGCUGAUGUACACCUUGGUCACACCCAUGCUGAAUCCCUUCAUCUACAGUCUAAGAAACAAAGAUAUGAAGGGGACUCUAGGAAGGCUUCUCAGUAGAGCAGCUUCUUUUGGGUACUAG